AUGGCUGCUGCUGGGCAGCAAGAAAGUGCCAGGGCUGCUAUGUCUAAUAAGAAAUUUCAGCUCCAAGAGUCAGAGCAGGCGCAAGAUAAACUUGAUAGUCCAUUUGACAUCUUCACUAAUCUAGAAAGAAAUGACUUAAGUGGUAAUCCAUCCAGGAAAGAAACUUCCAACACACCUCUUCCUAAUUCAAAUACAACUGGAGGAGAGUCAGACAGCAAAUCCUCAAGUUAUUUUAUAGCCCUUGAUUCAUCUAUUGAAAAUCUGCAAGAAAGAGCCCAGCAAAUAAUUGAUAAGAUGAAUGAGAAGCGUAAGGAAGACCAAGUGCUCAUGAACAAUUUCCGAGAAAGUCUUUUGAUGAAGGUUUCAAGCUUGGCAGAGAAGUUGGAGGAAAGCAUGUUCCCUGUCUAUGAUCAUCAUAACAAGCUCAUUCAAGAUCAAAUCCAAGAGUUUUACCAGAUCAUGGAGAGGAUCAAACAGAUUGAAACAGAGCUCAGGAAGGUCUGUCACACUGUGGAGAUGUUAUAUAAAGACCUGUGUGAGCAGUCUGAAUUGUGA